ACUAUAAUUUGUGUUUAAAGAAAAUGACUAGUAUUACUGGUACUGGUUAUUCUUCUGGUUUGAUUUUAAAGCAGAGAGAAUUAGGGAUAAAAGGGAAUUCUUUGUUCCAAUACAAUGGGCUUAGAACAAUAGAAAACAUGAAAAUGCCAGUGGGGUUUAUUUCCUGGAAGCCAAAAGCUGUAAAAUGUGGAAGAAUCAGGGCCAUGGCUUCAGCUCCCAAAAGAGAAAAGGACCCAAAGAAAAGGAUUGUUGUAACUGGAAUGGGCCUUGUUUCAGUCUUUGGAAGUGAUAUUGACAAUUUCUAUAAUAGUCUGCUUGAGGGACAGAGUGGAAUCACUUUGAUCGACAGAUUUGAUGCAUCGAAUUACUCCGUUAGGUUUGCAGGACAGAUUCGUGAUUUCUCCUCUGUAGACUACAUAGACGGGAAGAAUGAUCGUCGUCUGGAUGACUGUUGGAGGUACUGUCUCGUCGCUGGCAAGAAGGCCCUUGAUGAUGCUAACCUUGGUCAAGAAGUUCUUGAAGCUAUGGACAAAACAAGAAUCGGCGUCUUAGUUGGAACUGGAAUGGGAGGAUUAACAGCUUUUAGCAGUGGAGUGGAAUCCUUAGUUCAGAAAGGAUACAAGAAAAUCAGUCCAUUUUUCAUCCCUUACUCUAUCACCAAUAUGGGAUCAGCAUUGUUAGCUAUAGGUACCGGACUAAUGGGACCUAAUUAUUCCAUUUCAACGGCUUGUGCAACUGCAAACUACUGCUUCUAUGCUGCUGCAAAUCACAUUAGAAGGGGUGAAGCUGAUAUUAUGGUAGCAGGUGGGACGGAAGCUGCAAUCGUGCCUACUGGUGUUGGCGGCUUCAUAGCUUGUCGCGCCUUAUCUCAAAGAAAUGAUGAACCACAUAAGGCGUCAAGGCCGUGGGACAAGAAUCGUGAUGGUUUUGUCAUGGGCGAAGGUUCUGGUGUCCUGGUAAUGGAAAGUUUGGAGCAUGCGUUGAAAAGAGGUGCUAAUAUUAUAGCAGAAUACUUGGGAGGAGCUGUUACUUGUGAUGCUCAUCACAUGACUGAUCCUCGUUCCGAUGGGCUUGGAGUUUCAUCUUGCAUAACCAAAAGUUUGGAAGAUUCUGGCAUUUCUCCUGAAGAGGUGAAUUACAUUAACGCGCAUGCAACAUCAACCCUUGCUGGAGAUUUGGCAGAGGUCAAUGCAAUCAAGAAGGUUUUUAAGGAUACUUCAGAGAUUAAGAUGAACGGAACAAAGUCAAUGAUUGGGCAUGGACUCGGGGCCGCUGGUGGACUUGAAGCGAUUGCAACGAUCAAAGCAAUAACAACUGGUUGGCUACAUCCAACUAUUAACCAAGAUGAUUUGGAACCUCAGGUUACGAUAGACACUGUUCCAAAUGUGAAGAAACAACAUGAAGUGAAUGUUGGUAUUUCCAAUUCAUUUGGAUUUGGAGGGCAUAAUUCAGUGGUUGUUUUCGCGCCUUACAAUCCUUAAACAAAGUUUAAAACUUUUUUUUUUUUUCAUAUUAUGAGAUCAUAAGAUAAUGACUAUAAUAUUAUGAUUCAUAUGGUUCAAGCUUUCAAUUAUGAUUAUUUAAAUACAUCUAAUAGUACCUAU